CUUUACUGAAAUGAAAGUGAAAGCAAAGAGCCUGCGUAAGAACCAUAAGAAGUGUCUUUCAGGCUCUGCCGGGGAGACCAAAACUCCUCAAAGUGCAAGCAAGACUUUAGUCGUGUUGGACCCUGCCAGUUUGUGCCAGCUCUGAAGCUUCAGCCCUUGCUAACUGGACCUUAGACCGUGAUGGCCCUCCAAGCCCUUCAGGAGGAACAGGCCAAACUAAAGACCAGGCUACAGGAGCUGAAAAGGAAGCUCAGGGACAACCCCCAAGACAAGGUCCCAUUCCCAGUGCCUGAGACCCCCCUGGUGUUCCGAGGAGACAUUCAGCAGGGCAAGGAAACAACCAAGUCUGUGGUUUCUAACCUGCGGAUCUGUUACCCUCUGCCUGGAGGCUCUGCUCUGGUCACCUUUGAUGACCCCAAUGUGGCCAAGCAGGUGCUGCAGCAGACGGAGCACACGAUCAAUGUGGAAGGGUUCCGACUGCGGGUGCAGGUCCAGCCCUUGGAGCUGCCCAUGCUGACCACCAUCCAGGUGUCCAGCCAGAUGAAUGAACAGAGAGUACUGGUCAGUGGGUUUCCUGCCGGGCUUAAGCUAAGUGAGGAGGAGCUGCUGGACAAGCUGGAGAUCUUCUUUGGCAAGAGCAAGAACGGGGGUGGCGAUGUGGAGACGCGGGAACUGCUGCAAGGCAGUGUCAUGCUGGGCUUCGCUAAGGAUACAGUGGCCCAGCACCUGUGCCAGACGGGCCAGUUCACAGUGCCACUGGGUAAGCAGCAGUUCCCUCUGAGAGUCUCUCCCUACGUGAGUGGAAAGAUCCAGAAGGCUGAGGUCAGGUCCCUGCCAGUGCCCCACUCGGUGCUGGUGCUCAACAUUCCUGAUGUCCUGGAUGGCCCGGAGCUACAAGACGUCCUGGAGAUCCACUUCCAGAAGCCCACCCGUGGGGGUGGGGAGGUGGAAGCCGUGGCAGUCAUGCCCCUGGGACAGCAGGGCCUGGCAGUCUUCACUGCCAAGUUGGGCUAGGAGCCUGCCCUGCUCAUCACCCCCCGCCCCUCUGCCAAGGUUCUCAAACGAGGCUGGGGUUGGACGCAUAUACAGGAGAGAGAGAUCAUGCCGGUCAACGGCAGGAGGGACUAUGAGUUGUGAAACGCUGCCCCGAGAACAGUAAAAGCGCCUGCAUUGCAC